AUGAGCACAGUGUUCCCUGCUGUGGAACCAGCCAGCCCUGCUUGCUGGAGCCAGCCCGGUGGGACAGCAUACAACAGGAGCUGGCAUCACAGGCUGCUGAGGCACGAGGAUGAUGACUACAACUGGACCGUCUAUGAAGAUGGUCACUUGAGCAAAGUCCCUGUCACGCUGCUCAUCUGCGUCUGUGGGCUGGUGGGGAACGGGGCCAUCCUCUGGUUCCUCGGUUCCCGUGCCCGCAGGAAUCCCAUCACCAUCUACGUCCUCAACCUGGCCGUCGCCGACUUCACCUUCCUCCUCUCCAUCGCCAUUGCCCUUGUGAUACUUUACAGCCCAGAGAGCCUUUGUCACAGGCUGGGCUCACGGGACGUGACAACCGUGCUGAACAUCACCAUCGUCUUCUCUUUCACUGCCAGCGUCUACCUCCUGACAGCCGUCAGUGCCGUCACGUCUCUGUCCCUCCUCCCCCUGGCCCGCUGCCCCUGCCAGUGCUCCUGGCGCUUGCCAGUGCUCGUGUGUGCCCUGCUCUGGUUCCUCUCCUCCCUGCUCACCCUCACCCUCUCCUUCUGCCCUGCAGUGCUCAUCGCCUUCGUCCUGAGCUACCUCCUGGCAGUGCUUACCCUCAUGUUGGCUGGUUUAACCCUGCUUGCCAGGGUCUUGUGUUGUUCACGGCAAUAUCCCCCAAGGACGCUCUGUGGUGUGGUCCUGCUAGCUGUCUUCUUCUUCCCAUUCUUCACUGCGGAUUUUGGUUACUGGCUCUUGCUAAGACUCUUUGAUUUUUCUGGUUUUGUCUUCGAUGACUCUCUCCCAUUGGCCUGUCUGAACAGCACUGUCAAGCCUGUUAUUUACCUCUUGGCUGGGACCUGUGCAAAGAACUUCACACCCUCUGUCAGGGUUGCUUUCCAGAGGGCUUUUGAAGAUGUAACAGAGCCCCAAAACAGAGGGGAAACUCCCGGAGAAAACACGGUGGAAACAGCUGUUUAA